AUGGCGGAGAUCAUAGGCUCGUCAGCUUCGGGUCAUCCGAACCUCAACCUCACAGCCGAGGAGAAGAGAGUAUAUGGGCAGCUCUUAAAAGAGGCAGAUCCCGACGGCUUCGGAGCGGUAUCUGGAGAUGUGGCUGUUAAAUUCUUCGAGCGCACAAAGCUGCCACCAGAUGUUUUGGGACAAAUCUGGCAGAUUGCCGAUACAGAAAAUCGAGGCUUCCUAACUCCCGCGGGCUUUGGUGUUGUUCUACGGCUAAUUGGUCAUGCGCAAAAUGGUCGACCACCAUCGGCGCAACUAGCAACACAGACCGCGCCGCUGCCUCGAUUUGAAGGUGCCCAAAGCGAACAACCACAACCUCUUCCACAACAAACAACGGGACCCCCUGCGAGCCCUACUCCCCCUGGCCCUCCUCCAAUUCGUGUACCAGCCUUGAGUCCAGAUAAAGUUGCAGAGUAUUCGGCAUUGUUUGAAAAGUCAGGCGCGGAAAAUGGAUUCCUCUCAGGACUCGUUGCCAAACAGAUAUUUGAAAGAGCCAAGUUGCCAAAUGAGGUUCUGGGAAGAAUAUGGGGUCUUUCGGAUACGCAAGGACGUGGAUCAUUGGAUGUGACUGAAUUUGUCAUUGCCAUGCAUCUCCUGGCUUCUUACAAAUCUGGCCAAAUGCGUGGUGUUCCGAACACCUUGCCUCCAGGCCUCUACGAUGCGGCAACUCGUCGACUGCCUGGUCGAAUGGGUAGUGGCUCACGGCCUGGUUCUAGUGCGGUGCCGGGUGUCCCUCCCCAAUUCACCGGGUUCAAUGCUCGUCCGCAGAGUCCGAUCACCCGACAACAAGUCAGCACUCCUCUGUCUUCGCAAUCCACUGGAGACAACUGGGCCGUCAGUCCUGCUGACAAAGCCCGAUUUGACUCUAUUUUUGCUACCGUCGAUCGUCAGGGAAGAGGUUUCAUUACGGGAGACCAAGCAGUUGAGUUCUUUGGCAAUGCUAGACUUCCAGAGGAGAUCCUCGCCCAGAUUUGGGAUUUGGCUGAUAUCAAUUCCGAAGGACAACUAAACAGAGACGAGUUUGCUGUUGCCAUGUACUUGAUCCGACAACAGCGUGGUACGAAAGAUGGACGAGGAAUUCUUCCAUCCACUCUCCCGCCAUCUCUGGUUCCACCGAGUAUGCGAAAGCAACAAGUUCCUCCACCUCAGCCAACUGCUCCGGCUUUCGAAAACGUAUCCAUCACCAAACCACGUUCAGCUGCCGACGACCUCUUCGGUCUCGAUGCAUUUGGGCCUGCUCCAACAGUCCCAGCGCCCGCAUCUUUGCAGGCGCCUCAGUCGACUGGGGGAACUGAUGCUGGUUCUUCCGCAAAGCCUCCAGGCAUUGCUUCGACCCUAUCUCCGCAAACGACAUCGAGCACUUUCAAGCCAUUUGUGCCAUCCAGCUCAUUUGGCCAAAGCAUUAUUCCUCAGUCAACAGGAUCGCCCGCCCCUCCGACCAAGUCUCCACCUAUGCCCACGGAUGACCUGCUUGGAGACGCCGAUCCAGAAGUCAGUUCGAAACUCACAAACGAAACGAGCGAGCUGGGAAAUCUGUCCAAUCAGGUGAGCACUUUAUCUGGACAAAUGACGGGGUUGCAAAGCACGAGAAAGCAAACCGAACAAGAUCUUUCCAAUACCACGGCGCAGAAACGAGCCUUUGAAGGCCGGCUGGCUCAAUUGAGAUCUCUUUAUGAGAAAGAGGUCCAAGAGGUCAAAGCGUUGCAAGAACAACUGACGGCUUCCAAGAAUGAUAUCAAGAGAUUGCAGCAAGACAUGGCCAUGAUUGACGGUACCCAUCAAGAUCUUUCAACACAACAUCAAAAGCUACGCGCUGCAUUGGAAUCGGAUCAACGGGAAAACACCUCAUUGAAGGAACGAAUUCGGCAAAUGAACCAGGAAAUUGAUCAGCUCAAACCACAACUCGAGAAAUUGAAAUCCGAGGCGAGACAACAGAAAGGUUUAGUGGCCAUCAACAAGAAGCAGUUAGCUACUAACGAGGCCGAGCGAGAUAGACUGAAAGCAGAAAUUGCUGCAGCUCGGAAGCAAAUUGAAGAUGCCCAGCGAGAAGCAGAAGAGUCGGCACGAGAAGUUGAGGCGUCCAAGAAGGAGUUGGAGGAGGUCCGAAACGUCCCCGUUCCAUCCGUCAAGAGUCCUCCGGCUGUUACCAGCCCUGCACCAUCAACCAACUCAAACCCAUUCUUUAGGCGGACGACGGAUACGUCAUUCUCACCUCCAAUCACAGGUGGAGAGUCAAAGGAUAAUCAGAGUGCCUUCGACAGUAUUUUCGGUCCUUCGUUUGCCUCGGGCUCCCCAGCUGCACCCGCACCCCCAGUGUCGUUUUCCGCUCAGUCACCACCACCAAGCGGCCCGUCCAGUAGCAUCCCUCGCAUCGAAUCUCCGGGCUCCUCUUCCACGCCUAGAGAUGCCGUCGAACCGCCUGCACCGCCCCAAUCGAGACAGAUCAGUUCUGCAGCACUGCCUCUACAAAAAUCUGUGGAUAGGGAAGAUUCAAUCAGUUCUUCGGUGAAGGUGGCGCCACCAACCAGCCGAUUGAGUCCUGCCGACACUCCACGAGCAUUGACUCCGACGACUUCAACUCCAAGCCCAGCAGAACAGAGGGAUUCAACCGACGAUCCGUUCACGGCGGCUGCACCAGAUGAGGAGCAAGAGUCAGUUCGGCAAACUUUGCCUCAGCCAUCAGUCUCUACAGAUUCAAUGGAGGAUACCGGUGGCAAAGCAUCUUCAGAUAUUGGAGGUAUCCCAGGCGCAUUCCCCUCAACUUCACAGUCACAUACUCCCGGAGAGACCCGAGCUUCGGCGGCUGCUGUCGUCGGAGUGGGAGCUGCAGCUACCACCAACGGUGGAGACAAACCUGCGACCAGCGAACCUUCUGGACCAUCAAAAGCCCCUGAGCAGAACUUCGACGAAUUUUUUGGCGGACCUGCUCAUCAACGAACGGCAUCGCAACAAGCUGCCGAUUUUGACUCGGCAUUUACCAGCAUGUCAAAGGCACCGGCACCAAACGGCACGGAAAACACCUCAACCAAGGAAUUUCCCGAUAUCCAAGAGCUUGGUGGUGAUGAUGACAGCAGCGUGUAUAGUGAAGAGACACCAAUGAAAUUUGAUGAUGAUUUCAACACCAGAUCUCCACCUCGAGAUGACCCUUCUGAUACCAAGGCUGGAAAGCGACCUGAGGUUCACCCUGUCUCGAAUGAUGUGCUCUCACCCGGUCCUCCCUUGGAAGGAUCCGCGUCAACGACAAGUCCGCUCCCAGGCACCGAACGGCAGGCAUCUCCGCCAACGUAUGGUGAUGCUGUGCCGGACGACAACCCGUCGCAUUUCCCGCGCGAAUAUAAAGGACUGCUCCCCGAGAGAGAAGAUCCCACCUCACCUCCGAUAGCGACCGGCUCUACGAAUCCUGCAAUGCCACCGAGUGGUAGCCCACCUGCCUAUGGUCCCGAAGCUCAUUCCCGAAGUUCGACGGAUGUCAAAGCAACAGCACCACCCCCUACCGAAGCCGCUCCGUUUGAUUUCGACUCUGCAUUUUCAGGCAUGGGAACUGCUCCAGUAGAGGAUGAUGAUGAUGACGAUGACGAAGGCGACGUGUUCAGUCCAGCAAAGAAUAACAUUGACUUCGACCCAACAUUUGAUUCACCGCCUCAAUCCAGAUCUUCCAAUGUUCCUCACCCGUCUGCAUACGAUCCGGCGACGAAUGGAACACCUAAACUGGCGAGCGAUGAUUUCUUCAGGUCCAACGGACCUGCCUCUUCUUCGAAUGCCGCACCUCAAUCUGCAGCCUCACCAGUAUCUCACGACUGGGAUGCACUUUUCGCACCGUUGAGUUCGAAUGCCGACUCUUCUCAACCCGCGCUAUCAGCUCCUGAGACCGGAGGAUUGGGAGAUAGUACAAGGCGUCCAGAGGCACUGCCACGAGACCCGGAACCAUCGGCGGCCGUGCCCACUCCCGCUCCCGCUCCCGCACCGAAACCUGAACGGCCUCAGCCUGGACGAGCGUUGAGCUCUGGCACCGAACAUGAUGAUCCAAUUCUGAAGCGGUUGACAGCAAUGGGUUGGUCGCGUGAGGAGAGCUUAGCUGCGUUGGAGAGGUUUGAUUACAAUAUCGACAAGGUCAGGCGUCCUUUUGUUUCUCUCGUAUUUUACUUGGGCUUUAUUUUGACUGACUACUUGAUUCACAGGCUGCUGAUUACCUGA